AUGGACUCCACAACCAAGACCAAGGAUGAAACGUCAGAUAAGGAAUUAACCGACUUCAUCUCCAAGAUCCACGCCAGUCCCGCGAUGCUCGAUCAGCCAGAAGCGGUAGUGUUCAUCAUUCGAAAGAUAGGCACCUCACUCAUGCCCAUGGAUCUCAAACGCGGCGUUGUACCGGAUUUGGCGAAAUUAUCGCUCUUUCCCAUUGAUUCCCUAGUUGCAAUUGAGCUCCGAGCCUGGGCACGCAAUCGACUGAAUGUCGAGGUGAAACUUAUCGAGAUAUCAUCAAUAGAGACAGUGAAGGGCUUUUCGCAGUUGAUUAUCGAUCAUGUGAAGGAGAAACUUAGGGUGCUAGCGGAGUAA